GGAUUCGUUAUCGCACACUUCCGCAAUAUUCUCUACAUUCACCGGUUACGGUGACUUAUAUAAUUAAUCCAAUAAUGGGUCAUAUGUCUGCUGCUUUUGCUGCACAAGUAUCGAAUGAUCUGUCUUUAUGUCCACGAUUUGGAUUCAACAUGUAUAGUUACGAGAGUGAUUUAAUGAUUGGAGCAGAGUGGUGGCAAAGAGAAAAAAUAGACGAGACAUCAAAUUCUAAUGGUGAAAUUCAAGGUGUUGUUAAAGCUACAAUUAGCACUAAUCAUGGAAUUAAGCUGUUAUGGGAAGGGCGUUAUGGUAAAACGUUGUUUGGUCUGGGAUUAAUAGCGGAUUUAAAACCAGGGUUAUCUCCAAUUCGUUCAGUUGGACUACAAUUUCAAUACUUUUCAUAG